AUUGUCAUCAAUAAAAGAGUGCACUACUUUUUUUAUUUUUUUCCAUACAACUAUUGACUUUAUUGACCACUCUUUUUAUCACCCAUUCAAAUUACUCUUAUCAAAUGAGAAAGCCAUAUCCUUACGGCGUUCCUGAUGGGAAAUCCUUUCAGAAAAAAUGUUGAAGACACUCAAAGCUGAUAUUCUACUCGCUGAUGUACCUCUAAUUGAUUACUCUGAUUUUGAUAAAGUCAUUAGCCAAUAUUUAAACCAACAAGAUUUGGAUGAUGAUCGAGGAGAAGUGUUCAAGGCAAUUAUAACAGCCUUCAAGACAAUAUCAGCCAAACACAGAAACAUAUCGAUAAAGAAAUACGUAGGAAAUGUAAAGGACUACUAUUGUUCACACAAAGAUCAAUUCUUAUCUUUGUAUACACACAAAUUCCAAUUGCUUGAAAAAGAUAAAGAGAAUCAACGCGACGCAGAUAUUGUAGCAGCUGAAGAGGUCUCAAGGGGUAUCUCCCAUGGUAGAAAAAGAUUAGCGGAACAGCAACCGAACAUGAAGCAACCCCAAGAAAAGACUUUGAAAACUAGCACGCCUUCACCUUUGUCAUCAUCCGUGUCUAGCUCUUCUUGUCGUUCUACUGUACCUUCCUCUCUUUCUAUGUCAAGAUUCUUAAAUCCAGAUACCGACACGGCUAUCAAUAUUAAUGAAAUCAGGAGUAAUCUCAAGGAAGAAGCCAAAGCGUUGCAUGAUAUCUUUGCAAGAGGAACUAUUCUCGAGCCUGCCCAGUUCAAGCGAAUGAGCCUUGGACUAUCAUCGAUUAUUGACUUUGGUGAUACAUCUUCCCAAGGGUUUGAAGGUCACAUGGGUUUUGUUGUCUGCAUUUCGUCUCCAGAAUAACUCCACUGUAAAAGCCAAGCAAUAUAUCAGACAGGUGAUGGAUGCCGAGUAUAAUAGCAAGGGUCCACAUUCCGAGAGUAUCAAAAUCUUAAAGGCGUUUGAUUUCAUGCUAGACUUAUAUGAUGAAAAUGCAUGGAUAUUCGAUGAUAAACAAAAAAAGUCUGAAAACGAUUUUUUGGCUGUAAUCUGGAACCCUCUGUUAAGAUCAAAGGUAUCCCCAAAACCUUCCAAUGAUUGAAUAUUAGCAGGGAUUCCAAAAGAAAACCGAGGGAGGG